AUGUCGGAUGACCAGAACAUCCAUGCUUCUUCUCUGGAAGAGAAGACCUUCAGUUACGACGCCAAAAUGACAAAGACAGAAGAUGUUGAGAACGCUGCAGGACAGCUAGAAGAGAUUCAUGAAUUUCGACAAGGUCUCCACCAACGCCAUAUUCAAAUGAUCGCUCUGGCGGGCACCGUCGGAACAGGCUUGUUUCUCAGCUCAGGCCGCGCCAUCGCCCACGCCGGUCCACUGGGUGCCUUUCUCGCCUAUUCCAUCAUUGGUGCUGCGGUCUCAAGUGUGGUCUUUGGUGUCGGGGAGAUGGGGUCUCUAGCGCCCCUGAACGGCGGUGUGAUCCGAUACGCGGCAGUCUUUGUGGACGAAUCUCUCGCCUUUGCCAAUGGAUGGAAUCAAGUCUAUUCAUAUGCGACAUCGAUUCCAUCCGAAUUGGUUGCCUGCGCCGUUAUUGUGGAGUUCUGGAUCACCGUCAGCAGUGCCAUCUGGAUUGUUGUCUUUGGUCUUCUCAUGGUCGUCACAGCUUUGGUGUUUGUUCGCAUAUACGGCGAACUCGAAUUCGGAUUCUCACUUCUCAAGAUCAUGCUGAUCGUCGGAAUCAACAUCAUGGCCCUUGUCAUCACCUGCGGGGGCGGCCCCAAUCACAAGACGAUAGGAUUUGAAUACUGGAAAGCUCCCUAUGGUCCUUUUGUUCAGUAUCUUGAUAUUCCAGGCUCGCUUGGGCGAUUCUUGGGCUUUUGGACCACAUUCAGCAAUGCCCUCUACGCAUAUUCCGGUAUCGAAAAUAUCACCGUUGCGGCUGCCGAGACCAGAUGCCCCAGACAGGCGAUUCCCAUGGCCGCGCGACGGAUCUUCGUUCGUAUCUUACUGUUCUACGUCAUCACUAUCUUCAUGGUUGGGUUGGUCGUCUCUUCAGCAGACCCAGAUCUUCUCAGAUCCACUGGUACCGCGGCGCAGUCCCCCUUCGUCAUCGCGGCACGAACGGCGGGCAUCAAAAUCGUCCCGUCCAUUAUCAACGCCGUGAUUUUGACUUCGGCAUGGUCGUCGGGCAACUCCAACAUGCUCGGGGGCUCCCGAAUCUUGUAUGGAAUGGCAGUUCAAGGGCACGCGCCCGCGGUUUUCAAGCGACUCAACCGAUUCUCCAUUCCAUACGUCGCUGUCGCGUUCUACGGAGUCUUCAUGGUUUUGGGAUUCAUGAGUCUCUCGGACGGGGCUGCUUUAGCCUUUGAAUGGCUUCAGGACAUUGUUUCCAUCAGCACCAUUGUCAAUUGGAUUAUAAUUCUGAUUGUCUAUCUCCGCUUCCUCUACGGCUGCAAGAAGCAGGGAAUUGACCGACAAAGAGAAUUGCCAUGGGCUGCUCCCUUCCAGCCCUAUGGGACUUGGAUUUCUUUGGUUGUGUUCAUUCUGCUUUUCCUGACUGGAGGUUACUCGACUUUCAUGAAGGGCCAUUGGAGUACAGAGACAUUUAUCUCUUCUUACUUUAAUCUGCCCUUUAUCAUCGUCGUCUACUUUGGCUAUAAAUACUGGAAAAAGACGAAGAUCAUUCCUCUGGAUGAAAUUCCCAUCCGAUCUUUUAUCGAGCAUUGUCGUCAGAACCCUGAGCCCGAGCCCGGACCGAAGCGAGGUCUUCGGCGGUUGAAUAUACUUUGGUCUUGA